AAUUACCACCUACUCCAUACGGCUACCAGUCGUCUUGUUGCGCAAGGCUCAGGACAAAUUCAACUGUGGCAGUUUCUUCUGGAGCUGCUGAGUGAUCGAAGCAACUCUUCGUGCAUUGCAUGGGAGGGCACAAAUGGCGAAUUCAAACUCAACGACCCAGACGAAGUGGCACGGCGGUGGGGAGAACGCAAAUCCAAACCAAAUAUGAAUUACGACAAACUAAGCCGAGCGCUCAGGUACUACUACGACAAGAACAUCAUGACCAAGGUGCACGGCAAGCGCUACGCCUACAAGUUCGACUUCCACGGGCUGAUGGCCGCGUGCCAGGCGCAGGUGCAGGGCUCGGGCUGCGGGGGCGACGCCUUCGCCAAGUUGCACCACCAGGGGGAGCUGAGCCCCCCGCUGUACCCCGUGCACGCGGCGGCAGCGGCUGCGGCGGCGGGGGCCAAGCUGCCGGCGCUCAUGCAGCCCCCGCCGCCCUUCCCCGCGCCCUCCUACUGGACGUCGGCGGCGGCGUCGGUGGCGUCGGCGGCGUCCGCGGCGUCCGUCGCCUCCGCCAGCCUCUCCUCCAUCUACUCGGCGGCCGCCGUGCCGCACUCGUCCGCGCGCUACCCGUACCCCGGCGCCGGCACGCCC